GGGGCCCGGCGGGGCCGCGGCCAUGGCCGAGCCCGGAGAAGCGCUGGCGCCGCUGAAAAGCGAACCGCAGCCCCCGGAAAAGCGGCGGAGAACGAUCGAGGACUUCAAUAAGUUCUGCAGCUUCGUGCUGGCCUACGCCGGUUACAUCCCGGCGGCCGCCGAGGACCCCCCCUGGCCCUCGUCGGGCCCCAGCUCGCCGCGCCCGGCCGGGGGGGACGCGUGGGGCUCGGCGCCGGCCGCGCUGCGAACCAUCGAGACCUUCGUGCGGAAAGCCAAAUCCUCCAAAAAACGCGCCCUGGCCCCGCCGGAAUCGGCCAUUCUGGACAAAAUGCGCCUCAAAGACUCCCUGUUCGACCUCCCCUCCCCCCAGAACAACCCGGGGGCGCCGACCCCCCAAAAACGCCGCGAGCGCCGCGGCCGCCGCGGGGGGGACGCGGCCGUCGGGGGCGGCUCCCGCCGGGAGAAUUCGCGGAUCCGGGUGAAAAAGAGCAAGAAGCGGCGCUGGAAAAAAGGGGAGAGGGGAGUUUUGGGGAGGGGGUCUCCCAGCGAGGAGACGGAUUCCGAGGAGGAGCCGCCCUCCCCUCCCCCGCCGCCGCCCCCUCCCCCGCCCCUGCCCCCCGAGGGGGGGAAAUUGGGGGUGCUGGGGGGGCCCGGGGGGGUGCUGGGGGUGGGCAAGGAAGGGGGGAGCACCGAGACCAGCAGGGACGGCGACGGCAGCGACAGCGACGCGCGCGUCAUGGACGAGGACAUCAUGGUGGAGUCGGGUGACGAUUCCUGGGAUUUGAUCACCUGCUACUGCCAAAAGCCCUUCGCCGGCCGGCCCAUGAUCGAGUGCAGCCAGUGUGGCACCUGGAUCCACCUGUCCUGCGCCAAGGUGAAGAAAAACAACGUCCCCGACGUCUUCUAUUGCCAAAAAUGCCGCGAGGGGCCCCGCCGGGCCGCCCCCGCCACCCCCCGCCCCACCGGGGACCCCUAA